GCUGUGAACAUGGUACUCAAAUCGAGCGCGGCAGUUGAAGACUAAUUUUUGCGUUUCUUGAUGAUAUUUAUGUCUUAAUUAAUUUGAAUUUUAAUAUAGCUGACAUUUCUCGUCAUUUUUUAAUAUUACUCUUCGGGCGACAGUUACUCUAGGGCGCCAGGGAGCCGAUAACAGUCAAAAAUCAAAGUUCACAUCCAUUGACAGUGGCAAUUUCUGAAUUUCUGUUUCUAGUUCAGCGGUGAAUUAAAAUUAAAUAUGGGGGGAGGAAUAGUGGCAGGGAAGAUAGCGUUCGUCACAGGUGGGUGGCAACUGGUUGAAGGUAAAAGAGGUGCUGGCAGUGGGAUUGGACGUGCGGUGUGUCAGGUCCUGGCUAGGGAAGGAGCAAAAGUCAUUGCUGCAGAUCAGAAUGGGAUAGCAGCUCAAGAGACUCAAGGCCUCUUGUCAAAUGUUUGGAUUAAUGAUCACAUCUCUGUCACUGUUGAUGUGUCCAUGGCAGAGAGUGUCAACAUGGCUAUCAGUGAUGUCAUCAAACAUUAUUCUAGGCCUCCAUCAGUGGUAGUAAAUUCUGCAGGAAUUACCCGUGAUAACUUCCUCCUUAAGAUGGAUGAAAAGUGGUUUCAGAAAGUUAUAGAUGUCAAUUUGAAGGGUACUUUUCUGGUGGUGCAAACUGCAGUGAAAGCUAUGAUUGAUGCUAAAAUCUCUGAAGGUUCCAUUAUAAAUAUAGCAAGCAUUGUUGGGAAAACUGGCAACAUAGGACAGUGUAACUACUCAGCCAGCAAGGCAGGGGUGGAAGCAUUCACUAAGACAGCAGCCAAGGAAUUCGGACAAUUUGGUAUCCGAUGUAAUGCUGUAGUUCCUGGUUUCAUCAGGAGCCCAAUGACUGAUGCUGUUCCAGAGAAAGUAUUGCAGAAGAUUAUCCCUUUCAUAGCAGUGCGCCGCAUGGGAAAGCCUGAAGAAGUAGCUGAAGUAAUUGCCUUUCUGGCUUCUGACAGAAGUUCCUACAUAAAUGGAGCAUCUAUUGAAGUUACUGGGGGGUAAUGCCUAUGUAGUCUUACUACCUCAUUUGAAAUAAAGAUAUAUAUGUAUUCUGAAAUAAUAUCACUCCGAAGAACUACUCAGGUUCGACUGAAAUAGAACAUUUAAAGAUAGCCACGCACUGUGUACUGUGACUGCUGAUGUAACAGAUGUGCUUCCUAAACGUUUUUGUAUACAUCUCCUAUCGUUCAUUUAUUAUAUCACAGUUAUAUUACAGUCUUCCUUGUCUGAGGUAUAUUUGAUAUAGGCCUUCACAGUGUAUCAGAACUUUGCAUCUAACUGGGCAUAGAGGCCCAUAGGGUUGUGAUACAUCAAGGCUCCCAAAUUUUCUAGACAGUCUGCUCACAGAUGGUGGUGAGGUUGUCAGUCUUAUGCACCGACCAUCCUUUACCCCUAAGAGAAUUCAUGGUACUCAUUUCUGUCAGAGGCUGAGUCGACCCUAGGGCCAUAGUGAGGCUGGAACGAUUAGGUCAGU